CGCCGACCUAACUGUCGCCGCCAAAAUAUCUGACGUCCAUACGCAUAACCGUCGUUGGUGAGGGUAGAGGUUCAUUUGAAGUUAGGCAUUCUAAGGAGGAAGUUCUUCCGUUGUUCGUGUGCGAGUCGAGUUUAACCAGAUUAUCUUGGAAAAUGUCAGGACGCGGUAAAGGUGGAAAGACUAAGGGAAAGGCGAAGACCCGCAGCAGCAGGGCAGGGCUGCAGUUCCCGGUUGGAAGAAUCCAUCGUCUUCUGAGAAAAGGGAAUUACGCGGAACGAGUGGGAGCUGGAGCACCGGUCUAUUUAGCUGCAGUAAUGGAAUAUUUAGCGGCUGAAGUACUCGAGUUAGCCGGGAAUGCCGCAAGAGACAACAAGAAGACAAGGAUAAUUCCACGUCAUCUGCAGCUAGCUAUUCGUAAUGACGAAGAGUUGAAUAAGUUGCUCUCUGGUGUAACCAUUGCUCAAGGUGGUGUUCUGCCUAACAUCCAAGCAGUUCUUUUGCCGAAAAAGACUGGUACCGGUGGAUCUGGAAAAGGAGACAAAGCAUCCCAAGAAUAUUAGAAUAACAACCUUUUUAACUUAACAGUACUUUAGGACUAUAUCCUUCAUUCUUCAAUUUUUGGCGAAAAGAAACGAAUAUCUAGAAUGUAUCAGAAUCACAAUCAUUAUUCCAAUCACACACAUGAUAGCCUUGUCUAAGUGAAUAAUGCAAUCUACUUCAUUCAUUACCAAAUAAUAUUUUUCGUUUGAGUAAUGUACAAGAGUGUAUUGCAUUUUUACUUAAGAUAAACAUUUUAUGUACCUACAUAUAAGUUGUAUAAUUUAAGUCUUCACUUCCAUUAAUAUAUCCACUUCAUUUUA